AUGACCCAAUACGGCAAAUUUCACCUUGCGCUCAACCCUGCCAGUGUNCUCUUUGCCGAGUCGGCAUCACGAGGAGGAAAUGGCUUUGGCGGAUGCGAUCUACGGGGCAUCUCGCUGGGAGGAGGAAGACAUCUUGCCAACCUGGGUUCCAUAUUGAUCGACGGUCUGGCCAUCCUCAUCGCCCUGUUCCUGAUCUGGAGGUCCAACAGAAAGCGCGCUGCUGUCGGCAGAAGGGAAAUGCAACUCUUCCUCGUCGGCUUCAUCAUCAUCUCAAUCUGCGAAAUCUUCACCAUCGGCUGGUUCCCUCUUGAUGGCGCUGUGCGACGGGUGAGUUCUCUGCGGCAUGGAGCCUCUCAAGAUGCAAAGACUGACAAGACUAGNGCCUUCACUGCCGUACACAUUGCCUCGAUCAUUGCGACUACUUGGAUCCUUCUCAUGAACGGUGCCGUCGGCUAUCAGUUCUUGGACGAUGGAACCUUUGUCUCACUCGCUCUGAUCUUCGGUUCGGCCGCUAUCCUCUUUGUCGGCACUGGCUACAUUGCGCUCGACACCGGUUUCAGCUGGACUGGAUACUGGGAUGACACGCUCGUUGCACCCAACCGCGCAUACGCCCUCUACACGUUGUAUCAGCUUGUGCCUCUGGUCUUCCUCAGCAUCUUCUUUAUCCUCGAGGCUUUCAUUGUCGUCAGAGUUCUCGGCGAGAUUAGACCCAUGCGUAAGUUUGGCGUCAUUGUUGUCCGGGAGAACAUUACUGACAUGUCUUUGCANGUGUACCUCGUCGCCGCAAUGCUCCUCUUCGCCAUCGGACAGAUCUUCCAAUACGUCAUCAGCGUACAUCUCUGCAAUGCGACCAAUGGAGCCAUCAACGGAGGACUCUUUGAAACCCUCUUCACCCUUCUCUCCAUCAUCAUGAUCUGGGUCUUCUGGUCCAGUAUCACCGAAGACGACUGGCCUCUCCCCUCCACUGAGACCAGCACAUACAACUAA